UGUAAGGUCAAACAAAUAAUAAUUUGUGUACACACGUCAUGAACAGUUAAACUUUGCUUUGUGUACUUUACUUAUCUCAACAGAGUCAGUCCUGUUCAACAGAAUUCUGGUCUUCACGUUGUAGAAACCAACUGGCAUUUAGCAUGUUAAAGUUGAUAGCUCUGUCAAGACAUAUCUGCUACGGCUGCUUGGUAAAGAUGUCCCCAAUGAAUUCACAAGUCACAAAUUUCUGUACCGAAUCGUCUGAAGAUGGUGCUAGUAAAACAAAGGACCAUUUGACCGUGACAUCCCUGCAAUCUCGGGAUCCUGAUACUCACGAUGUCGCUGUCACCAAGAUGUCCAUGAUAUCUCCCACUGUGAAGCAUUUGGUCCUCAGCACAUCAGAGCGGCCUGUGCCGUUCAGUUUUAAAGCUGGACAAUGGAUCGAUAUGCAUAUACCAGGAGUCGAUACAGUGGGUGGAUUCUCAAUCACCUCGAGUCCCAUGCAUUUACGGAGAACGGGUGACAUUCACUUGGCUGUCAAGAAUUCAGAAAGUCCUCCGUCAAUGUGGGUACAUACAAAGUGUCAAGUAGGGAUCAGCGUAUCUAUACGAGUGGGAGGUGAUUUCUUCCUUCCUCCUUUGGAUCAGUUCACGAUGCCUACAAGGAUUUUAUUUAUCGCCGGAGGAGUUGGAAUCAAUCCGUUAUCAUCAAUGAUCAUGGAAAUCAGAGAUAAUAUUACUCGUUCAACAAUUGGAGCCUGGAAGCAGUUGAACGUGACGCUCCUUUUUAGUGCGAAAACACACGAGGAAUUGAUCUUUCGAGAAGAAUUCGAUGCUAUCAAGGCCCCUUGGUUCAAGCCAAUCUAUUUUCUCACUUCAUCGGAUAAAGGCUAUUCUUCGUCUUCGUCGGUCAAGUAUGGCAGAAUUCAAAUCCAAGAUGUACUUGCAGUCCUCCAACAAGAUGAUAGGUCUAAGGGUCCUAACACGAACAAAGCCUUGAAUCAAUGCCACGUUUAUUUAUGCGGACCACCAGAUAUGACAAAUACCUUACAGCAUUGUCUAAAAGACAUGGGCGUUGAAAAUAUAUUUUUUGAAAAAUGGUGGUAAUAAAACAACAGAGAACUUUUAAAAUUGG